CACCUUGCGGAAAUACCGCUGAGAGAGAGAGCAGCUCGAUCGGAACCAGAACUCGGGAUGUUUUCAUUCUCAAAUACAGAGUUUCGCGUAUAAUUUAGAGCAUCAUUAAUUUAGCUACGUCACAAGUUGAGUGCCCUUGUUUUCCCAUCCGGUGAGCCGGUUCCGGUUGACAGGCGCAAAAGAAAAAGAGGGACAAAAUGUCCCUGUUCCAGUCAGCGCUCGAUUUCCUGGCCGGGCCCGGCGGAUCCGGUGGCGCUGCUAGCCGGGAUCAGAACGAUUUCGUCGGGCAGGUGGUGGAGCUCGGGGAGCUGAAGCUCCGGAUCAAACGAGUCAUCGCGGAAGGUGGAUUUGCAUUUGUGUAUGAAGCCCAGGAUUUAGGAAGCAGUAAGGACUAUGCGCUCAAGAGACUUCUCUCCAAUGAAGAGGAAAAGAACAAGGCCAUCAUUCAGGAAGUCUGCUUCAUGAAAAAGCUGUCUGGUCAUCCCAAUGUUGUGCAGUUCUGCUCCGCUGCAUCCAUCAGUAAAGAAGAGUCUGACACGGGCCAGGCCGAGUUCCUCAUCCUCACAGAGCUUUGUAGAGGCCAGCUGGUGGAUUUCGUCAAGAAGGUGGAGCAGAAAGGACCGAUGUCAUGUGACACAGUGCUGAAGAUCUUUUAUCAGUCUUGUCGGGCCGUGCAGCACAUGCACAAACAGUCUCCAGCAGUCAUACACCGAGACCUGAAGAUUGAGAAUUUGUUGAUCAGUCACCAGGGCACCAUAAAGCUUUGUGACUUUGGCAGUGCGACUACAUUGGCACAUUAUCCAGACUACAGCUGGUCUGCGCACAAGAGAUCUAUGGUGGAAGACGAGAUAACUAGAAACACAACUCCAGCAUACAGGACACCAGAGAUGAUCGACCUGUAUUCUAACUACCCAAUAAAUGAGAAGCAGGACAUAUGGGCUCUGGGUUGUAUCCUGUACCUGCUGUGUUUUAAGCAGCACCCGUUUGAAGAGGGAGCCAAACUGCAGAUCGUAAACGGCAAAUACAGCAUUCCUCAAAAUGACACCAAGUACACAGUCUUUCACCAGCUCAUACGAUCGAUGUUGAAAAUCAACCCAGAGGAGCGGCUGUCCAUCAACGAGCUUGUUAACCAACUACAGGAAAUUGCUGCAGCCAGAAAUGUCAACCCCAAAUCACCCAUUACUGAGCUCCUGGAGCAGAACGGAGGAUUCGGGAACAACAGUGCGCAGAUUCCCUCGCAGAUCAACAACAUACACAACUCUGGUGUGUAUGACACAGACCCAGCCAUGGGUGGAGGAUUCCUUGAUAUCCUGAAAGGAGGAACUGAGCGAUUCCUCACCAACAUUAAAGACACUUCCUCUAAAGUCAUCCAGUCGGUGGCCAGUUAUGCUAAAGGAGACCUGGACCUGUCCUACAUCACCUCCAGACUAGCAGUCAUGUCUUUCCCAGCUGAAGGUGUUGAAUCUGCCAUUAAGAAUAACAUUGAGGAUGUGCGUCUGUUCCUGGACUCUCGACACGCGGGUCAUUACGCCGUUUAUAACCUGUCCAAACGCUCCUACAGACCGGCCAGGUUUCACAACAGGGUAUCAGAGUGCGGUUGGCAGCCUAGACGAGCUCCUACACUGAAGAACUUGUACAGUAUAUGUAAAAACAUGCAUCAGUGGCUCAAACAGGACCAGAGGAACAUCUGCAUCGUACACUGUCUGGAUGGACGGGCAGCGUCUGCUGUGGUGGUUUGUGCUUUCCUCUGUUUCUGUCGUCUCUUCUCCACCGCUGAGGCUGCAGUUUACAUGUUCAGCAUGAAGCGAUGUCCACCGGGCAUCUCAGCCUCACACAAACGGUAUAUUGAAUACAUGUGUGAUAUGAUGGCAGAAGAGCCCAUAAUCCCCCACAGCAAGCCUAUAACCAUUCGUUCAGUGGCCAUGACGCCCGUACCGCUCUUUAAUAAGCAGAGAAAUGGUUGUCGGCCGUUCUGUGAGGUUUAUGUUGGAGAUGAGCGCGUCGCCACCACCUCACAGGAGUACGACAGGAUGAGGGAUUUUAAGAUGGAGGACGGGCGAGCAGAGAUUCCUCUGAAUAUCACUGUACAGGGUGACGUGUUGAUUGUGAUUUAUCAUGCACGAUCCACACUGGGGGGACGCCUGCAGGCUAAAAUGGCAUCUAUGAAGAUGUUUCAGAUUCAGUUUCAUACAGGCUUUGUGCCCAGAAAUGCCUCUACUGUUAAAUUUGCAAAGUAUGAUCUGGACGCGUGUGACAUCCAGGAAAAAUAUCCCGACCUCUUCCAGGUGCACGUCAAUGUGGAGGUGGAGCCUCAGGAUCGUCCCAGCAACAAAACUCCGCCCUGGGAAAACUUCGCCACAAAAGGACUCAAUCCCAAGAUCCUCUUCUCCAGCCGAGAUGAACAGCAGGAGAUCCUGACUAAAUUUGGUAAACCAGAGCUUCCUCGUCAGCCUGGUUCGACAGCCUGUUACGCCUCUGACCCGCCGCAAUCGGAGAACUCUCCAGAUGACGCGCAGACUGAGCCGGACUCACCGUCACCUCAGAGCACAGACACCAACGCAAACAACUUCUUCCAGACGCUGGACUGGGAAGACACCAGUCGACACUUUGACCACUCUGACGGCCACUUGGAUGACCAGGAAGAUUUGAGUGGUGGCUCGGAGGAGGAGUCAGUGUCUUACUCUGCCCCCAUUGACGGGACACUGUCACGGGACACCAGUGAGCCGCUGUUUGAAGCAGACUUCACAAACACUCCGCCUGAAGCCCAGCCCGACACUGAGGACCUGCUGGGUCUGAACUCUGAGCCUGGUCCUGCAAACGCUGCUCCAGAGAGUGGCUUGAAGAGCUCCGCCAGUAACAGUGAUUUACUGAACGAUCUACUGUUCGCCCCUCAGACCAACACUGUGCCUUCAGCGAACAAUGAAGACCUGAUGGGGGAAGAUGCGAGAGAAGAUCUGUUCUUCUCCAACUCGUCCAGCCAGCCGCCACCAGCCACUAAUAAAGAUUUCUUUGACCCGUUCGGCGUGGGUUCGGCCUCCUCAGGGUCUGAUCUGUUCUGUGAUCUGCUGGGUUCAGAUGCUGCUAACAGUGGCUUCAAAGCUCCAGCUCCUGCAUCAAACUCCAGCCUCUUUAACCUCAACAAGUUAGCAAACGAAACCCCGAAGAUGACAUCAUCAGCGAGUCAGCCUGAUCUGCUGAGUGGAUGGGACAGCUGGACCACCAGUGGAACCAGUACGACUGCUAACUUGAGCACUGCUGCCAACAAACCUUCUAUGAGUGCCUCAGGAGUCUCGUCUUUCUCCAAGGCCAAAUCUCAGAGUUUUGACCCCUUCGCAGACCUGGGAAACCUCGGCUCGACACUACCUGGCUCCUCCAGUGCUGGCUUUUCUGGCUCAGGGUUUAAAACUGCACCCUCUGCAGGUGGCCCUAAAAACUCAGGUCAGCAAUGGCAGCAAACACCUCGACCCUCUUCAGGCCCCAACAAACCCUGGAUGCCUCCAAACUCCACGGCCCGACCGCAAGCUGUUCCUCAAGCAGCCAAACCAAACUACAACCCUAGCUUCAGCGUAAUCGGCGGACGGCAGGAGAGGGGCAUCAGGGGGCCUGGAUUUGGUCCAAAGCCAAAAGUGAAAGAAGACGACUUUGAGGAUCUUCUGUGCACACAAGGUUUUGGCUCUAAACCUGACAGGAAAAUGCCUAGAACAAUCGCUGAGAUGAGAAAGCAGGAGCUGUCCAAAGACAUGGACCCUCUCAAACUACAGAUCUUGGACUGGAUCGAGGGAAAGGAGAGGAACAUCCGCGCUCUUCUGUCCACGCUGCACACAGUCCUGUGGGAGGGUGAGACCCGCUGGAGACCCAUCAACAUGGCAGAUCUGGUCACUCCUGAUCAGGUCAAGAGGGUCUACAGAAAGGCUGUGCUCGUCGUGCAUCCAGACAAGGCCACGGGUCAGCCGUACGAGCAGUACGCUAAGAUGAUCUUCAUGGAGCUGAGCGACGCCUGGUCCGAGUUCGAGAACCAAGGAUCCAAAGCCCUGUUCUGAGCGACAGUCUGCUCCAGAGGCCCAGCGCUUUCUCUCUGUCCACACACACAUGGACACACUGCCACUGUCAACAAACACACACAUACGCAAACUGUGGCUCUGCAGAGAGAGAGAGAAAGAAGGACUGAAGAACACUCACAUCUCUGCCUGAGGAGAGACACUGCAGCUGGACCACUGUGCUAAGAUCCUUCUGGCAUAUGUAGACCAAAAACACACACACACACACAUCUGAGACUACAGUCUGUCUUGCACUUCAGAAGAGCUUCAGAAAAGAUGGAUUCUUGGAUGACGAAUGACAUGAUUAUUGCUCUUUUUCGCCAUUCUAUGCAUCACACUUUUGGUUUUCACUUAGUCGGUGUGGUUUUGUCAGUUCCUGGUGUAAAUAUUCACUUGAGUGAGUGUGUGUGUGUGUGUUUGACUGGGGUUUGUAUGAAGCUGAAGCACUUCUGCGCUCGCUCCACCAUGUGAGGAUUUGGUUGGGCUUCUUUGUCACUUUCACUUUGGUUUUUAUCAUGUUUUCCACGGAUCUCAAGUGUUAGCUCUCUCCCAGCACCUCGCUUUGGAAGGUGCGUUUGUGUAUUUGUGGGUUCAGGGCUCUUUUUCUGCAGUCCUAAGGGUAUUGAGUGAGUGAAAAAACAGACAACGUGUAUGAUCUUUCCAUUCUUUUGUUUGUUUUUUCUUUUUAUCUCAAGGACCAAUCAGAAAUGUCUGUCUUAUUUAUUGUUUGGAAAGCUGUACAUGGCUAACUGAUGGAUAUAAAGAGGACUAAAAUAGCAAAUUUAUUAUUAUAAAAAAAGAAAAUGACGGAAGAAACACGCUGAGCAUUUUGCAAUACUAAAAUCAUUCCAAAGCAUCUACUAAUAUGAAUGUGCUUUUUAAGAUUACUGCUGGCAAUUUGGAAUGUAAAUUGUUUUGUUUUUUUGGUACUCCCUGUAUUAUUAUUAUCAUCCUGUUUUCCAUUUGUGAGAGAGCCUAUAUUUUAUCUCAUGUUUCCAUCAUUUCUUAAAGGGACAGUUCACUUAAAAAUGAAAAUUCUGUCAUUUA